CUAUGCGAGCGCCUUAGCAACCUCACGCGCGAAGAGCGUCGCGCCCAGCUCGAACGUGGUUGCAAACCACACCACCACCAGAUCCCUCCCAGGGGACACAUAAAGUCCCUGGCCGAAUAUGCCACCCUGACCGAUCGACGGACGCAAUACACACACGCACACAGAGAGGGGUUGAUGGAUGGUGCGUCAGUGAGUGAGUCAGCCACGUACCUUGAAGAUGUCGCCGUCGGCGAAUACGGCGUCCUACUGCUGGCUGUUGUAUAGAGGCUCCUCCGCAAAGCCCUCCGCCAUGCGCCUCAUAAUGUCGAUAUUCGCGCCGCUCGAGUCCACCCGGCCCCCCGUCUGAAUGCGGUCGAGGUAGGCCGCCGACACCACCGAUUUGUCAGAAGCGCUCGGCGUGUAGAUCAUCCCAUACCUGCCGAAGUCGCGCAAGCGCGAAGCGAACAAACCGUGUCCGAGCGCCGUCAAGCCGUCGGGCGUGAGAGCCACCACAGCGUCGCCCUCCGCUCCCAUCUUCCCCCAGAUCCUCUCUUGCACCAGUGCCGCCCAGGUGCGGUUUUCCACUGCCUCUGCCAGGUCCACCAGCAGCUGGGUGGCGGCGGAUGUGUAGCCCACCACCUCUCCCGGCGCGUGGAGCUUCUCGAGCAACAGCAGGACAUCACGAAGGGGGAGCACCUGGCCCUCUGGGUUUGGCUCGCCGAACUCGGCGGCAAAGACGCGCCGGAUCCCAGAAGAGGGGUCCCGCUGCGUCGCCUGUGUUUCCUCUGCAACAAAGACAGACAGACAGACAGACAGACAGAGAGAGAGGGAGCUCCUCCCAGUCACUGAGCUCAUUGAUGUGUCGAGCUGGUGGUUGCUGACGGCGCGUACCCACAUCGAGCCCCAGCCUCAUGUCAAGCGCGUCGAUGACCUUGAUAUCUGCCAGGGCCGAUGCGUUCGCCUUGUCUGCCAGGUAGGGGAUGUAGGCCGACAGAGGCUCCUGCUGGUCGACCUUGCCCUCGUCCACCAGCUGCCCCACGAUGAGGCUGGGAACCGUCUUGGUCGACGACAUCCACAAGUGCAGAUCUUCAGGCCGCAUGCCCGGAUAGGCCUCGAACAAGAUGGCCCCCCGGUGGAUGACCAGAAAGGCCUGCAUGCGCGAGGCUGGGUGCCUGAGGAAGUCGUCCAGUGACAUCUCGCCGAGGCUUGUGUUCGCCCGGAUGGAGCCGAUGUCAAUCUCGACGCCGACGUCAGCACCAACAGGCAGCUCGGCGACCGACCCAUUUCGCCUGAUGACGCUGCUUGGGUGGAACUCGGAGACAUGGCCGUUGUAGUAGAGCGCCACAUCGCCUGGGUCAAGUCAACACAAAUCAAAUCGUCACACACACAGGAGGUCAGAUGUCAGAUGUGAUGCAUACGUACCAGCGAGAAGCAGCGUGUCGAGGGAGAAGUUGGCCUUGAUGCGAUGGAUGGCGUCGAGGCCAAUCCCCUCCCUGACUGCGCUCACGGGCAUCAUCGGGCCGACGCCCUCCUCUGCAUCCGCCGAGAUCUGACCUCCUGCGAUGGGCAAACACACCACCACCACCGCCACCACCGCCAACACGCCUAUCAGGACAGCCAU